AUGGUCGAAUGCCGCGGAGCCAUAACGAUCCUCAACCCCGAGACCUUCCACUCCUCUGAGCAAUCGAAAUCUCCGCCGGGGAACGACCUUUUGCACUUGUGCGCAAACGACGGUCUCUGCCGGGUCGCGACAACACCCACUGCAGUAGACACACCCAAUUACAACAACAUCAACAAUUGUUUGGGCGCCGCACUCGUCGAUCACCUUACGCUCCGGCCCGUUGCGGAGCGCAUGAAGCCUCGCGUUGGUAUGCGUCGUGAAUCGCUGCUGAUGGGGUGUUUAAAGGGCAGCUGGUAUCAAGGGGAAGGUGACUCUCGAAUUAACGAAUUAUGCAUUAAAUAUGUAGUUAUGGCCGAGAAAGCGCCGCGACAGAGAGGCAUGGGUUAG